UGCCUCUGAUACUGCAGCUGUAUUGUCCCAUAAACCCGAAUUGGUUUGGAUCACAUUGGAGAAGUUUUUCUGCUUUUACUUGCUUUUGUUCUGCUGUUUUCUGGAUUUUGAUACAGUACCUUAUAGCUCUAUAAACAUGACCAAAGAUCAAGAAACUAUAAUUCCGGUGAUAGAUUUCGCCCAGUACGAUAUACCAGGUCAACGCGAAACCGUGUCCAGCGAAAUCUGCCAGGCGUUACGUACAGUGGGAUUUCUAUAUUUGAAGAACCAUGGCGUGCUCGAUCAAAAGAUUCGAAAUGCGUUUACCACUUCUAAAGCCUUUUUUGAGCUAACGGAGGAGCGGAAAAUGGACUUCGCAACACGAUCAAAACGGCAGACCAAUAUAACCACAUAUAAUCCCAUCGAUUCCGAACGCCUAAACCCGUCAGCCAAGAAAGAGAUCCGAGAAGCAUUUGAUUUGAUUCCACACAACACAGUUGAUGUGCCUGAGUAUCCCGACUUCAUGCCGGCGCUCGUCAGUUUGAGCCAAUCCUACCGCUUCCUAGCCAAAAAAAUCCUCCACUGCAUCGGAAUCGGUCUGGGUUUAGAAGAUCCAGAAUACUUUCUCACUGUUCACCGCAACCUGGAUGACACACAUGUCCCAUCCGGAAGCCUAUUCCGUACACUGUACUACCCUUCAUUUCAGCGCGAAUACGCCAAUGAUCCGAAUGUGGUCAGAUGCGGUACACACACCGACUAUGGUACCGUUACUUUGGUUGGACAGGACCAAGUUGGUGGUCUGGAAGUACAAACGGCCGGCGGUGAUUUCAUCCCGGCCACACCCAUUCCCGACACGAUUGUGGUGAAUAUAGGCGAUUUGUUACAGCGCUGGACUUCCGAUGAGCUCAAAGCAACGCCUCACCGGGUUUUAUGCAACACAUCAACAUUAACCCGCCAAAGUUUGGUUUUAUUUGUUCAUCCGGAUAGUGAGACCGUGGUGGAAGCAUUGGGAGAACGACCAAAAGUGUACCCGCCCAUCAAAGCCAAAGAUCAUUUGCAGUACCGCUAUGAAAUUAGUUUUGGUUAGCAAACGAGCUCAUACAAAUAAAAAUCAGAGUAAAUUAAAUCAUAAUGCGCCAAAUUUGCUGAUUUGUGCUACCAAAAGCUUCAAAUUUGUUUUCGUAAACAGCAUGUCUUCAUAUAAAAAGUAUGUAUGUACAUGUACAUGUUAUUUCGUAAACAAUAUGUAUUAGUUCGAUUGAUCAAUGUGUUUUUGAACUCGAUAUUCUGUGUAGAGGAGGCGCACAUGAAAUAAAGCGAUA